CGGGACUUUUGAGGGCACGAUGUCACAGCUGGUGGUCCGCUUGAGCAAUAGUAGGGUUUAUGCUUUACAGGACGUUGCUAGGAGUGCUUUUUUCGGGGUUUGGAAAGGAUUAAGUAUCUUCUUUGGCUGCGCUACCCCAUGCUGCACUGACGGUUGCUCAACGGGUAUUCCGGCGUACCCCAGCCUGCAGCCGGUUCCGGGUGGUCCGCGCGGUGUCAGACAGAACACCCAGACGCAAUUUACACGAUAUGCGUCUGAGACACUGGUACAACUAAAAUCGAGAGAGGUUUCGGGGGGAGAGCAUAUUUUUGUUACUCAGACAUUGAAUGGGUUAUAGAGGGGUGCUGUUAGUUCAUAUAUGUGAGUGCCCGGGAGUAUAUUGAAUAGUUCGGGUGGUCUGCAUCUUUAGUGGAGCGUUUCACGUUAUUUUAAGAUUAUGAUCGUCUACCGGGGUACAGGGAUAAGCUGGGGAUUAGAGGGGACAUGUAAAGGUGGCGACAAGUGCUAGAGGCUGCGCUUAAGACAGCUUUACCCUGUCAAAAUCUUGAGAAUUGCGGCGCGAUGACACAAUUUGAGAAAGUUCUAUACGUUAACUGCAAUUGAAACCCGGCACUGAUAAACAGAAAUAUACGAUUGGAAUUCAGGGUUAUUCAAUUACGUUACAAUAUUAAAAAUACUUGUAUUGGGAUGGUCUUUCCAAGAGCCUUGGGGGACUGUAGCAUCU